GAGAGAAUGCUCACGUUCAGUGGAUUCCCACCGCAGUUUUCAGCGGGAUGUGAGGUUUAGAAACGACACUCUUUUUCAUUCCAUCCCUCCAUUUACUCCUCUUCUCUGCGCUUCUUCCAUCAGACGAAUAAGGAAUAAGGAAAAUAAGCCGAGCUGGACGUUGUGAAGGUGUAAUCUGCAUUCUUCACUGAGCGUGGAGGAGGAAGAGAAGAGGAGGAUGAGGAAGAGCCGCAGCGUGCUGACAGUGACCCCUGAAGACGAGAGUAAGGAUCUCCCAGCAUGCACCGGGGCAACUCUGGGUUCUGAGCUGCGUCGCUGCUACCGCCGUCACUCGGGGACACCCACCUUACCGCCGUUGUCAUGGCGACACGCAGAGAGGACGCGAAGUCCCGAGGAGGACCUCGUGAGCCGACCGACCUCGCUACCCUUCAUCGACCCGCCGCGCAUAGACAUCACACCUGUACCACCCGAGAGUUUAGAGGGGGAGAACGGUCCAUGCAGUCCUGCGGAGCUUCAGGUUUCUCCUGGUUCUGCACUGGUUCUCCCUCACGGUCAGCGCAGAGAGUCGUUCCUGUAUCGCUCUGACAGCGACUAUGAACUCUCACCUAAAUCCACCUCACGCAACUCCUCCAUCGUUGGAGAACUACACGGUGAAGAUCUCAUCGUCACACCAUUCGCUCAGGUCCUCGCCAGUCUGCGUACUGUCAGGAGUAACUUCAGCGUGUUGACCAAUGUGCCUGGACCAUCCAGCAAGAGAUCUCCAGUUAGCAUGCAGCCUCCGAUAAACAGAGCCGCGCUAUCAGAUGAGUCAUAUCAGAAGUUGGCGUUGGAGACCAUGGAGGAGUUGGACUGGUGCCUGGACCAGUUAGAGACCAUCCAGACACACCGCUCUGUCAGCGACAUGGCCUCCAACAAGUUCAAGAGGAUGUUGAACCGUGAGCUCACGCACCUGUCGGAAAUGAGCCGCUCUGGGAACCAGGUGUCCGAGUUCAUCUCCAACACCUUCUUAGACAAACAGAACGAGCUGGAGAUCCUCUCGCCUCCUCCCAAGUCUCGCGAGAGGAAGAGGAAACAGCAACAACAGCCUCUCAUGACUCAAAUCAGUGGAAUGAAGAAGGUCACACAUGGACCGGGCAUCUCCAGCAGUGUGGCCAGAUUUGGAGUCAAGACCGACCUGGAAGACCUGCUAGCAAAGGACUUGGAAAACAUCAACAAGUGGGGACUGAACAUCUUCAGGAUUGCCGAGCAUUCCCAUCAGCGCCCGCUCACCUGCGUCAUGUAUGCCAUCUUCCAGGAAAGAGAUUUGAUGAAAACCUUCAAGAUCCCAAUGGACACGUUUGUGACCUACAUGAUGACCCUGGAGGACCACUACCACUCGGACGUGGCGUACCACAACAGUCUGCAUGCCGCCGACGUCGCACAGUCCACACACAUCCUCCUGUCCACCCCCGCUCUAGAGGCGGUCUUCACAGACUUGGAGAUUCUGGCAGCCAUCUUUGCCGCAGCAAUCCAUGACGUGGACCACCCGGGGGUCUCCAACCAGUUCCUGAUUAAUACCAACUCGGAACUGGCACUCAUGUACAACGACGAAUCUGUUCUGGAGAACCAUCACUUGGCCGUGGGCUUUAAGCUCCUACAAGGGGAAAACUGCGACAUCUUCCAGAACCUGUCAAAGAAACAGAGGCAGAGCCUUCGGAGAAUGGUCAUUGAUAUGGUGCUAGCGACAGAUAUGUCCAAACACAUGAGCUUGCUGGCGGAUCUGAAGACCAUGGUGGAGACCAAGAAAGUGACCAGUUCAGGCGUGUUGAUGUUGGACAACUACACGGACAGGAUACAGGUCCUGCGCAAUAUGGUUCACUGUGCUGACCUCAGCAACCCCACCAAGCCACUGGAUCUUUACCGGCAGUGGACAGACCGCAUCAUGGAUGAGUUCUUCCACCAGGGUGACAGAGAGAGAGAGCGCGGCAUGGAGAUCAGCCCCAUGUGUGACAAACACACCGCUUCUGUUGAGAAAUCUCAGGUGGGAUUCAUCGACUACAUCGUGCACCCUCUGUGGGAGACCUGGGCGGAUCUGGUGCACCCGGACGCCCAGGACAUCCUAGACACUCUGGAGGAGAACAGGAACUGGUACCAUAGCAUGAUUCCUCAGAGUCCAUCUCCUCCCUUCUACGAAGGCGGAACAGACAAGUUCCAGUUUGAACUGACUUUGGAAAGUGAAGACGGGGAUAAUAUUCACCAUGAAGGUUCUUCAGAAAUUGGUGACAUGGACCUAGCUUCUGCUUCCUCGCCAGCGGAGACGUAACAGCUCACACCGUUGGCGUUCGGUCAGCCAUGUUGGUUUAUUCCAUGAAGCUCCUUUUAACGAAGAAGCAAUUUUGCGGACUCGACCGGUCCAGAGGUGCUUUUCGCAGAGCGCGAGUAGAAGUUAACAAAUCCAGAGCUGGAGUUAGAACUCGACUUGAAAGUUCUCGUGUGGUUUUGCUGGUUCUGGCACCGAAGCAGAACCCGAGCAGAUCCUGAAGCUUAAACUCGGCACCAGCACAGGAUGCUAUGAAGGAGAACUACUGACUGAUGAACCGUAUGGACUUAUUUUUGGACUAUUUUGCAACAUUUGUUCCCAUAAUAAACACGGCAGAACCCGCAUACGCGUCCGACACGAAGGAUUCUUUCUGGCGAAAACAAACAAAACCGCGAAAGAAAGAAAGUCAGAGAGCUCGCUUUCCUCGAGGUGUUUUGAUCUUAUUCUGUAUUGUUUAAACAGAGAAAGCUGCAGGUUCAUGAAGUUGGCCUCUUCAGAAGAGACAGUAUUCACUGUGUUUAGAUGGGGUUGAUUUUAAGACAUGGUACAUGUGUGUAUUUGUAAAUAGAAGCGAAUGAAUCCCAGUUUGAAAGCACUUUAACGCUGAAACCACUUUAGGAGAAGAACACGAUUCUGUAAAACGUGAAAAGAUGCUGACGUGGCGUCCAGAACUGAGGUAAUCUCACCUAAAAAAGAAACAUGCUUCAGUGCAGCUGAUUUUAAGAAACACGAGCUGACAGUCAUCCUUGACGUCAGAGCGCCCGGUUUCUCAGUAGAGCCGCACACACACACAGGAUGCGGUUAAAAUAAAAAAAAAGCUACAUGCGACGCAUCCUGAAAUCAGGUUUUCAUCUCCUGCAGCAGGUCGGCCAUGCGGUCGCAUGCAGCACGCUUCCAGCCACGGCGUCUUCACACUUCAGCGGCGUGUUUUUGUGUUAAACACGACACAAAAUCCGUCAAACUCUCUUCUCACUUUUUUAUUUUGUAUGUUGUUAUUAUUAUUAUUAUUAUUAUUAUUAUUAUUAUUAUUAUUUCUGGGUUUUUUUAAAUAACUAAAAUAUCAUUGCAGUGCUAAUGAGUAUAUUUACCCUUUUGGAAACUUCCCUGGUGGAAUGUAUGUCAUCAUCAUUGUUCUUUACGUUCUUUCCUGAUGUUGUGUCGUUUGUGUAAUUAUUUGUGAAUAUUGUUAUUUUAUUAUUGUGUGCUGCACAUUAAAAACAAAAAACCCCCGAGUGACUGACCGUCUCACACUGUGACAUCAUGGUGUACUCGUGUCACUCGCCAAAGAGUUUAUUAAAAACCUCAACAUUUUGG